CUUUUUCUCUGCCUAUUAAAAACCUUCUACUAUACCACCAUACACAAUUUCACUUCAUCAUUUUCACACACAUACACAGACAGCUUGAAGUAAGAAAAACAAUGUCCAAUAACAAGCUGUUCUUGAAUUCAAAAUUGGUCUUUGUGGCUUUCUUGGUAUUGAGUUUCAAAAAUGCAGAUUUAACAAGUUGCCAAGAAAAUGAUGAUGAUAAUGGAGUUAGCAACAGAAGGGCAUUAGUUCCAGCCAUGUUUGUGUUUGGUGACUCUUUGAUAGACAAUGGCAAUAACAACAAUUUGCCCUCUUUAGCUAAAGCAAACUAUUUCCCUUAUGGCAUUGAUUUUAAAGGUGGCCCAACUGGGAGGUUCUCUAAUGGCUACACUAUGGUUGAUACCAUUGCUGAAUUGCUUGGGCUGCCAUUAAUUCCUGCAUAUUCUGAGGCCUCUGGUGAUCAAAUGAGAUAUGGAGUUAAUUAUGCAUCUGCAGCUGCCGGCAUUCUUGACGAUACCGGCAGAAAUUUUGUUAGCCGAAUCCCAUUUAAUCAGCAGAUCAAGAAUUUCGAAAACACGCUCGACCAACUAACGAACAAUCUUGGCGCUUUGGAACUUGCACAAGCCUUGUCCAAGUGCAUUUUCUUUGUAGGCAUGGGAAGCAAUGACUAUCUCAACAAUUACUUAAUGCCUAAUUACAACACGAAAAAUCAGUACAACGCUCAACAAUACGCCGAUCUUUUGUCUAAACAGUACUCCCAACAGCUCACCAGGUUAUACAAUCUUGGAGCUCGGAAGUUUGUGAUAGCUGGACUUGGGCUUAUGGGCUGUAUUCCUAGCAUAUUAGCUCAAAAUAACAAUGGAAUUUGUUCGGAGCAAGUAAAUCAACUUGUUCUCCCGUUUAACACGAACACAAAAGCUAUGAUCAAUAGCCUUAGUAUUAAUCUCCCGGGCGCGAAAUUUUCUUACAUUGAUAUUCGUAACAUGUUCGGAGAUCUUCUUGCAAAUGCCAGAUCAUAUGGUUUUCACGUGGUAAAUCGAGGUUGUUGUGGUAUUGGGAGGAACAGAGGGCAAGUAACUUGCCUUCCUUUUCAAACUCCAUGUGCCGAUCGAAAAGGAUAUAUAUUCUGGGACGCGUUUCACCCGACUGAGGCUGUUAAUGUCUUGUUUGGCAAGAGAGCUUUUAGUGGGAACAAGGAUUUUGUUUAUCCCAUGAACAUACACCAACUUGCCAAUCUUUGAACUUGUUGUCCAAACAUUGCCUUGUUUGUUGUCUUUGUUUUGCUCUUCUUUUCUGUGAAAUGUGUGUUCUCUCUUCUGUUUUUGUAAGCAGAGGUGUAGGAAAGAAAAUUGAUCUGACAUGAGCUACUAUAAUUUUUAUAUAUGUAUUUUGAUUUGCUGUUUUGAUUUACAUGUUUGUUUAAAAUAAUGACUUAGAUGAAUGAACCAUAUUUUGUAGUAUCUUAACAGAUGUAAUGAAAUGACUUGCCUCAUGAAAU